AAGACUUUAGAAAGAGAGAGGGGGGAAAUAUUAAAAAUACCAACAACAACAAGUGAAGGAGAGAAGCUGAGCAUAGACAGGAAGUGAAUGUUAGGGAGUCACAGGAAGAUAGGAAAAGAGAGAGAGGCUGAGAUUUAAGCUCAGGUGGAGGUCUGCCACUUUUGAACUGCUGCAGGAGGCACGCUGAGGCUGGGAGUUAAGACUCUGACAGAGACCAAGAGGACAGCCAUGUUUUCAGCCAGACCAGAGAUCCAGCCGUAAAAGACAAGAGGCGGUCGCCCCCCUCUAACAGAUCCCCCUCCGCCCAACAACGCAACCCUCACCACAGCGGCUCCACAGACGAACAGGAGAGCCCUGAGAGAGUGGUGCAGAAGGAGAAGCUUCAUGCAGAGCUGAAGCAGGUGUUGAGUCUGAAGAGAAGUCACCUGAGAGAGUCGACCUGCCAACUGGCCCAACCAGAGAUGUACUCGGAGCCCACAGACGAACAGACAUGUCUGGAGGAAGCCUCUCCGUCCGUGGAAAUCGUGGUGGAGACGGAGGCGGAGGCUGGAGCCAGUGGCUACAGUGUGACUGGUGGAGGACAGAGAGGGAUCUUUGUUAAAGACGUCCUCAGAGACUCACCAGCCGCAAAACAUCUCAGUCUACAGGAAGGUGACCAGCUGCUGAGUGCCAAGGUCUACUUCGACAACGUGAAGUAUGAAGACGCUCUGAAGAUCCUUCAGUGUGCGGAGCCAUAUAAAGUCAGCUUCCAGCUGAAGAGGACCGUCCCUGGAGCAGAGAUCUGCGUGCGGCCUCGGGUUCCCAGUGUAGAGGUCAAAGGUCCCAAAGCCAAGAUGGCCAAAAUGAGUGUGAAGGGCAGCAAGCAGUUCAAGGUCAAAAAGAAGAGAGGUGGACGUUUUGGUCUGAAGAGGCUGAAAGAGAAGCGCAAGGAGGAACUGGUGAUCGAGGGAACGCCCCCCAGACUGGAGAUGAGUGACGUGGAUGUGGAGUUUUCUCUCCCCAAAUUCAAACAGAGGAGGAGCGCAAAGGCAGAAGCAGAAGGAGCCGGAGCAGCAGCAGCCGAGGGAAAGGCUAAGAGGAGGAUCAGGUUUCCCCACAUGAAAACAAAGGGUUACACUGGAGAAGACACAGGGGGAAAAGUGGAAACAGGACGGCUCGAGGGACAGGUGAAUAUCUCUCCACCGGAGAUAUCUGGAGCUAAAGUGAAAACCAAAGUAAAAGGAAACAAGUUUGGAAUCACCUUUCCUAAGACCAAACAUACAAAGUCGGGCUCAGCAUUGGAAACUGGAUCUGUGGAGCUGAAGCCCCCUGGGGUAAACAUCCAGCGACCAUCAGUGGAGUUCAGUUUGUCUGGUAAUAAAAACAUGGACGUGGAGAAGGGAGGGGUUAAGCUUAAUGCGCCUGAUGUGGAGUUUGCACUUCCUUCAGGAAAAGCUGAGGCAUCCAUGCCCGCUGUGAAGGGAAAGGCAGAAAUCAAAGCUCCUAAAAUCGACAUCAGAGGAGGAGUUGAUGCAGAGGCUGCUACGAGAAAAGUUGAUGUAGAUGUAGGCAAAGGAGAUGCAAAGCUAAGAAUGCCAAAGUUGAAACUGCCAAAGGUUAGACUCUCACGUCAUUCGGAUGAGAUAGAUGGUGACAUCAAGGUGAAAGCCAAAGGAAUGAAAGUGCCUCUCACAGACGUAAAACUUCCAAAAGUAGAAAUCAAAGGAGGUGGUGAGAUCAGUCUCCCGGAAGCAAAUAUCACCAAACCAAAGAUGGAAGUUGAUCUCUCAGGAAACGCUGCAUCUAUUCAAAUGCCUUCUGUUGAUAUUUCUUUACCAAAAGGAAAAGGAAAGUCUGACAUGGACGUCUCACUCCCAGAGUACGAUGGAUCUGGGAAGACAGCACUCAAAAUGCCUGCCAUUGACAUCUCUGUGCCAGAUGUUGAUUUGGAAUUAGACACCAGACGCAGAAUUCCUGAUGAGGUGGAGGGCACUUUUAAAGGGCCCAAAAUCUCCAUGCCAAAGGUGGAUAUCUCUUUACCAAAGAUGGGAUCAUCCAAUGUGGACAUUGAAGGUCCAGACGGUGGAGGGAAAUUCAGUCUACCUUCUUUUGACAUCUCUCUCCCAAAUGUGAAAGCAAAGGGUGAAGAUGUGGAUAUGGAUAUGGACUAUUAUGUUGGUGGAGAUGGGAAGUUCAAAAUGCCUGAGUUUGACAUAUCUCUCCCAAAAAUUAAGUCACCAGAAGGAGAAGUAAAUAUGAAAGGAGAAGGCUUCAAGUUACCUAAAGUAGACCUGACGCUUCCCAAAGGCAAAUCCGCAACGACUGAUAUUGAAAGAGGAGGUACAUUUCAGUUACCAUUGUUUGACAUCUCCCUCCCUAAAAUGAAGACCGGUGAGGUGGAGGUCGACAUUGGAGGCCCUGAAGUGAAAGGUGGUACAUUUGAAAUGCCCACACUUGACAUUUCUCUGCCCAAAGUCAAAGGAGACAUUGAAGUAGAAGGGUAUACUGUGAAGGGAGGAAAAUUCAAAAUGCCUACCUUUGAUGUUUCUCUACCAAAGCUCAAACAGCCAGAGGGUCACAUGAACAUAGAGACACCCAAGUUUGAGGGUGGUGGUAAAAUCCAAACGUCCUCUGUUGAUAUAUCGAUGCCAAAAGGAAAGAUGGAGGGGGACAUUGAAAUAGAGGGUCCAUCUGCAAAAGGAGGGAAGUUCAAAAUGCCCUCACUUGACUUCGGUCUCCCUAAAAUGGGGACAUCAGGGGUUGAGGUGGACUUACAAGGACCUGAGAUUAAAGGACGGAAACUUGAGAUGCCAUCCGUAGACAUUUCUCUACCAAAAGGUCAAUCCAAGGGAGAGGUUGACAUAGAGGGUAAAGGAGGCAAGUUUAAAAUGCCUUCAUAUAAUAUAACUCUGCCAAAAAUGAAGUCUCGUAAAGGAGAGGUUGUUUUGGAGGGACCUGAAAUCAAAGGUGGAAAGAUCAAGAUGCCUACUGUCGAUAUUUCUGUUCCCCAAGGAAACAUAGAAGGGGAUUUGAACAUUGGUAGCGAUGAAUUAAAAGGAGGCAAAUUCAACAUGCCCGCUGUAGACAUUUCUCUCCCAAACAUUAAGCUACCUGAAGAAGACGUGAAGCUAGAAUGCCCUGAACUUCCAAAUGUUGACUUUUCCCUCCCCAAAGCAAACGUGGAGGGCAACAUGGAGCUUGAGGGCAGUGGUGGAAGCGGAGUCAAGUUCAAGGUGCCAACUUUUAACAUCUCACUCCCAAAAGGGAAAACCAAGGAGGGAGAGGUUGACAUUGAAGGACCUGCAAUUAAAGGAGGAUCAAAAUUCAGCAUGCCUUCUUUAGAUGUGUCACUACCAAAGAUCCAAUCACAGGAAGGUCACAUCGACAUUGAAUGUCCUGAGUUUAAGGUUAAAUCACCAAAGGCAGAUUUAGACCUAAAAGGAAGUGGGAUUAAAGGAGGAACAAUAAACAUGCCUACAGUUGAUAUGUCUCUUCCAAAAGGAAAAGCAGAGGGUAAGAUAGAUAUUGAGGGACCCACAGGAAAAGGAGGAAGGUUUAAGAUGCCUACAUUUGAUGUAUCGCUACCAAAGAUGCCUGAAGGAAAUAUUGACUUUGAGGGACCCUCAGUUGAUAUCUCUCUUCCAAAGGGGAAUGUAGAGGGUGACAUAGAAACUAAAGGUAAAGGAGGACAUUUUCAUAUGCCUUCAAUUGAUGUUUCUCUCCCUAAAAUAAAAUCAAAGCGAGGUGACAUCAACAUCAAGGGACCAGAAAUGAAAGGUGGGGAAAUAAAAAUGCCAACUAUUGACAUCUCACCCCCUCAAGGAGCAUUAAAAGGCGAUAUCACUGUUGAGGGUGAAGGAAAAGGAGGCGAAUUCAGCCUGCCAUCUGUAGACAUUGCCCUUCCUGCAGUAAAACUCCCUGAAAGAGAUGUGAAUUUACAAGGGCCGAAAGUUAAGGGUUGGAAAUUUGAAAUGCCAAAAAUCGACUUCUCGCUUCCUAAAGGAAAAGCACAGGGAGAUAUUGAUAUUGACAUUCACUCUGGAAAAGAUGGGAAUAUUGAAAUACCAUCCUAUGAUAUUGGAAUUCCUAAAGGAAAAGUCAAAGGUCAUAAGCUUAAGGGAGGAAAGAUCAACAUGCCAGACAUUGACCUGUCCCUCCCCAAAGGAAAGGCUGACCUCAGCAUAGAGAGUUCUAAGGUAAAAGGAGGUAAAUUCAAAUUGCCAAACCUGCCAGAGGGCAAUGUCAAACUAGAAGGACCAGAGAUAAAAGGAAAAAUGGAAAUGCAGACUGUUGAUAGCUCACUUCCAAAAGGAAAAAUAGUGGGAGAUGUUGACAUGGGAGUAUAUGUGGGUAAAGAAGGCAAGUUUCACAUGCCUUCAGUCGAUAUCAAUCUUCCCAAAAUCAAAGCAAAGGGACUUGAUAUUGAUAUUCAAGGACCUGAACUCAAAGGUGACAUGUCACUCCCUAAAAUGAAGUGUCCAGAGGUAGAUAUCAGCCUUGAGGGUCCUGAUAUUAAAGGAGGAAAGUUCAACUUGCCAACUCUUGACAUUUCUCUCCCCGAAGGAAAACUUGAAGGUGACCUUGAUGUUGAGGGAUUUAAAAUGCCAAAAUUUGAUAUGUCUUUACCAAAAGUGAAUCUCCCAGAGGGUGAUGUUAAAUUAAAAGGCCUGGACAUCCAAGGUGGGAAGAUUGAAAUGCCAGACAUUUCAUUCCCCAAAGGAAAGUCAGGAGGAGAAAUUGAAAUUGAAGGACAUGCUGGAAAAGGGGGCAGGUUCCAUAUGCCCUCUGUUGAUAUCUCUCUUCCAAAAAUGAAAGCUAAGGGGCCAGAGCUAAAUAUAGAAGGUCCUGAAUUUAAGGGAGGAAAAAUCAACAUGCCAGACAUUGACCUGUCACUCCCCAAAGGAAAGGCUGACGCUGACCUCAAUAUUGAGGGUCCUGAAGUAAAAGGAGAGAAAUUCAAAAUGCCUAAAUUUGACGUUUCACUUCCAAAGAUGAACUUGCCAGAGGGCAAUGUGGAAAUGCCAACAGUUGAUAUUUCACUGCCAAAAGGAAAGGUAAAGGGAGAUGUUGACAUUGAGGGGCAUGUAGGUAAAGGAGGCAAGUUUCACAUGCCCUCAGUUGACAUGUCUCUUCCUAAAAUAAAAACAAAAGGAGUUGAUGUUGAUGUUGAUAUUGAAGGACCUGAACUUAAAGGUGACAUUUCUCUCCAGGGUCAUGAGGUGAAAGGGGGUAAAUUUAAAAUGCCAAAAUUUAAUGUUUCUUUACCAAAAGUGAGUCUCCCAGAGGGUGAUGUCAAAAUAAAAAGCCCAGAUAUCAAGGGAGGAAAAAUAAAUAUGCCCGACAUUGACCUGUCACUCCCCAAAGGAAAGGUGAAGGGAGAUGUUGACAUUGAGGGACAUGUAGGUAAAGGAAGCAAGUUUCACGUGCCCUCAGUUGACAUGUCUCUUCCUAAAAUAAAAACAAAAGGAGUUGAUGUUGAUAUUGAAGGACCCGAACUUAAAGGUGACAUUUCUCUCCCCAAAGGAAGAGUUGAGUGUGACCUCGAUGUUGAGGGUCCUGAGGUGAAGGGUGGUAAAUUUAAAAUGCCAAAAGUUAAUCUCCCAAAGGGCAAUGUCACACUAAAAGGCCUGGACAUGAAGGGAGGGAAGAUUGAAAUGCCAGACAUUGAUAUUUCACUCCCCAAAGGAAAGUCAGGAGGAGAAAUUGAAAUUGAAGGACAUGCUGGAAAAGGAGGCAGGUUCCAUAUGCCCUCUAUUGAUAUCUCUCUUCCGAAAAUGAAAAUGAAAGGACCAGAGAUAAAUAUUGAAGGCCCUGAAGUUAAAGGUGGAAAGCUAAACAUGCCAUCACUUGAUGUUUCUCUGCCCAAAAUAAAAUCUCCCAAUGUAGAUAUCAGUCUUGAGGGUCCUGAUGUUAAAGGAGGAAAGGUCAACAUCCCAACUGCUGACAUUUCACUUCCCAAAGGAAAAGUUGAGGGUGAGAUAAAUGUUGAAGGCCCUGAGAUGAAAGGAGGGAAAUUCAAAAUGCCGAAAUUUGAUGUUUCUCUACCAAAAGUGAGUCUCCCAAAUGUUGAUGCCAAUGUAGAAGGACCAGAUAUGAAAGGAAACAUUGAAAUGCCAACAGUUAAUAUUUCACUUCCAAAAGGAAAAGCCGAUGUGGAUAUUGACAUUGAUGGGCACGGUGGUAAAAGAGGCAAGUUUCACAUGCCCUCACUUGAUAUCUCUCUUCCUAAAAUCAAAGCAAAGGGACUUGAUGUUGAUAUUCAAGGACCUGAAAUCAAAGGUGACAUGUCACUCCCUAAAAUUAAGUGUCCAGAGGUAGAUAUCAGCCUUGAAGGUCCUGAUGUUAAAGGAGAAAUAUUGAACUUGCCAAUGGUUGACUUCUCACUUCCCAAAGGAAAACUUAAAGGUGACCUUGAUGUUGAGGGUCCUGAGAUAAAGGGGGGUAUAUUUAAAAUGCCCAAAUUUGAUAUGUCUUUACCAAAAGUGAAUCUCUCAGAAGGCGAUGUCAAUACAAAAGGCUUGGACAUGAAGGGAGGGAAGAUUGAGAUACCAGACAUUGAUAUUUCACUCCCCAAAGGAAAAGCAGGAGGAGAAAUUGAUAUUGAAGGACAUGCUGGAAAAGGGGGCAAGUUCCAUAUGCCCUCUGUUGAUAUCUCUCUUCCGAAAAUGAAAACAAAGGGAGUUGAUGUCAAUAUUGAAGGUCCUGAACUUAAGGGAGGAAAAAUCAACAUGCCAGACAUUGACCUGUCACUCCCCAAAGGAAAGGCUGACCUCAGUAUUGAGGGUCCUGAUGUAGAAGGAGACAAAUUCAAAAUGCCAAAAUUUGACGUUUCACUUCCGAAGAUGAAGAUGCCAGAAGGCAAUGUCAAAAUUGAAGGACCAGAGAUUGCAAUGCCAACUGUUGCCUCUUCAGGUCUGGUGGGAAAAGUGGAGGGAGAUAUUAAUAUUGAAGGGCCGUCUGGAAAGGGAACGUUUGAAGUGCCAAAGGUUGACCUAUCUGGUAAAAAAGGUGGUCGGCUCCACAUGCCAACUCUUAACAUAAAUCUCCCAAAAUUUGAACUUGACCUCAGCCUUCCCUCUGGUCAGAGAGACAAAAGCAUCAAAGUGGAUACCAGUGGUCCUGAAGCAUCAGGAGAUUUUAAGAAAUCUGGUCUCAAAGGAGAUAUUAAUCCAGCCAAGUUGAAAAUUAAGGGUGCAGACAUAGAAGGUCCAGGUGCAUCCCUCAAACUUCCCACUGUCAAACUACCGACAGUUGACAUUUCAGCUCCAAAGGUGGAUCUAGACUUUGGCCUCACCAAACCUAAAGGUGACGAUGUGGAAGUGGAGCUCCUGAAAGCAGAGGGAGGCAGGCCUUCUUCAGGGGGUAGCUUUGAUCUACCUGAUGUCUCCAUCAAAGUCCCAAGUUUCUCUCUUCCAAGGUUUGGUGGAAAGUCUAAGAGUGGUGAUAUGGCAAUAUCUGUCCCCAAGGGGGACAUUUCCCUCAGCUCAUCACAUGUGGAAGGAGAGAUAAGGGCACCAUCAGUCGAGUUUGAUGGGGAUGGAAAAGUCAAGGUGAAAAAAACUAAAAUCAAGAUGCCCUCAUUUGGUUUAUCCAAAAAGCACCCAGAAGUAUCCAUGUCUUGUCCUGAUGUGGAUGUUAAAGUAAAAAAGGGGAAAAUUGGCAUUUCUAAACCCGAAAUCAAUGUUGAGAGCCCAGACAAUAAAUCAAAAUACAAAGUGAAAUUCCCCAAGUUUAAAAUAUCAUCAUCAAAAAGUCAACUCCCAGAGGGAGAGGUUGAUGCUAAACUGGAGGCAGGUGUGGAAGGGAAAGGUGGCUUCCAUGCACCUGACGUCACUAUCAAACUACCAAAGUUCUCCAUGCCAGGAUUUGGCUCCAAAGAAAAAGAUGUAGGUAAGCCUAGUUGUUACGUUGAGUCUAAGGCCAAGGUUAAGAUGCCCUCUGUCGAGCUGUCACUACCAGCAGCUAAAACCCCAGAGACUGAGGUUCUUCUACCCAAAGCAGAGGUUGAUGUCUCAGAGGCUGAUAUCAGAGGUUAUGAGGGAAAGCUCAAAAUUCCGAAAAUGCCAACGAUUGACGUUUCCAUUCCCAAAAUAGACCUGGAUGUGUCCUUGCCAAGAGCAAAGCAUGAUGGAAAAGGAGGCAAAUUCAAGUUGCCAGACAUCAAGAUGCCUGACAUUGACUUGUCCCUUCCUAAAGGAAAAACAGCUGACAUUAAAGGAGAUCACAUUGGAGUUGAUACAGAGGGAGGUACAUUUAAAAUGCCUCACAUCUGUAUGCCUGAUGUAGAUAUAUCCCUACCAAAAGGAAGGUCCCCACAGAUAGAAGGACCAGAAGUGGAACUAAAAGGAGGAGAAGGAAAAUUCAAAAUGCCUCACAUAACAAUGCCAUCAAUGGAUGUAUCCCUUCCCAAGGGGAAAUUUGGAGAUCUUCAUUCACCAGACAUUGAAAUAGAUGGUGACGGAGGUGGCAGAUUUAAGAUGCCUUAUCUCAAAAUGCCCAAUGUUGACAUAACUUUGCCGAAAGCAAAAGCUGGGAAAGGAAAGAUUGAAGGUCCAGAUGUUGAUAUAGAGGGAAGUACCGGAGGAAAAUUCAAAAUGCCUCAUAUGAAAAUGCCCAACUUCGACAUCUCUCUGCCCAAAGGAAAGAUUGAAGGUCCAGACGUUGAAAUGGAGGGAACCAAAGAAGGAAGGUUUAAAAUGCCUCAUAUGAAAAUGCCAAAUGUCGACUUCUCUCUGCCCAAAGGAAAGAUCGAAGAUCCAGACAUUGAAAUGGAAGGAGGUAAUGGAGGAAAAUUCAAAAUGCCUCACAUGAAAAUGCCCAACAUCGACCUCUCUCUGCCCAAAGGAAAGAUUGAGGGUCCAGAGAUGGAGAUCAAAGGGGAAGGUGGAAAAUUCAAGAUGCCACAUCUCAGCAUGCCCUCUGUUGAUAUUUCACUUCCCAAAGGAAAGAUCGAAGGUCCAGAUGUUGAAAUGGAGGGAGGCACAGGAGGAAAAUUCAAAAUGCCUCACAUGAAAAUGCCCAACAUCGACCUCUCUCUGCCCAAAGGAAAGAUUGAGGGUCCAGAGAUGGAGAUCAAAGGGGAAGGUGGAAAAUUCAAGAUGCCACAUCUCAGCAUGCCCUCUGUUGAUAUUUCACUUCCCAAAGGAAAGAUCGAAGGUCCAGAUGUUGAAAUGGAGGGAGGCACAGGAGGAAAAUUCAAAAUGCCUCACAUGAAAAUGCCCAACAUCGACCUCUCUCUGCCCAAAGGAAAGAUUGAGGGUCCAGAGAUAGAGAUCAAAGGGGAAGGUGGAAAAUUCAAGAUGCCACAUCUCAGCAUGCCCUCUGUUGAUAUUUCACUUCCCAAAGGAAAGAUAGAAGGUCCAGAUGUUGAAAUGGAGGGAGGCACAGGAGGAAAAUUCAAAAUGCCUCACAUGAAAAUGCCCAACAUCGACCUCUCUCUGCCCAAAGGAAAGAUUGAGGGUCCAGAGAUGGAGAUCAAAGGGGAAGGUGGAAAAUUCAAGAUGCCACAUCUCAGCAUGCCCUCUGUUGAUAUUUCACUUCCCAAAGGAAAGAUCGAAGGUCCAGAUGUUGAAAUGGAGGGAGGCACAGGAGGAAAAUUCAAAAUGCCUCACAUGAAAAUGCCCAACAUCGACCUCUCUCUGCCCAAAGGAAAGAUUGAGGGUCCAGAGAUGGAGAUCAAAGGGGAAGGUGGAAAAUUCAAGAUGCCACAUCUCAGCAUGCCCUCUGUUGAUAUUUCACUUCCCAAAGGAAAGAUCGAAGGUCCAGAUGUUGAAAUGGAGGGAGGCACAGGAGGAAAAUUCAAAAUGCCUCACAUGAAAAUGCCCAACAUCGACCUCUCUCUGCCCAAAGGAAAGAUUGAGGGUCCAGAGAUGGAGAUCAAAGGGGAAGGUGGAAAAUUCAAGAUGCCACAUCUCAGCAUGCCCUCUGUUGAUAUUUCACUUCCCAAAGGAAAGAUCGAAGGUCCAGAUGUUGAAAUGGAGGGAGGCACAGGAGGAAAAUUCAAAAUGCCUCACAUGAAAAUGCCCAACAUCGACCUCUCUCUGCCCAAAGGAAAGAUUGAGGGUCCAGAGAUGGAGAUCAAAGGGGAAGGUGGAAAAUUCAAGAUGCCACAUCUCAGCAUGCCCUCUGUUGAUAUUUCACUUCCCAAAGGAAAGAUCGAAGGUCCAGAUGUUGAAAUGGAGGGAGGCACAGGAGGAAAAUUCAAAAUGCCUCAUAUGAAAAUGCCCAACUUCGACAUCUCUCUGCCCAAAGGAAAGAUUGAAGGUCCAGACGUUGAAAUGGAGGGAACCAAAGAAGGAAGGUUUAAAAUGCCUCAUAUGAAAAUGCCAAAUGUCGACUUCUCUCUGCCCAAAGGAAAGAUCGAAGAUCCAGACAUUGAAAUGGAAGGAGGUAAUGGAGGAAAAUUCAAAAUGCCUCACAUGAAAAUGCCCAACAUCGACCUCUCUCUGCCCAAAGGAAAGAUUGAGGGUCCAGAGAUGGAGAUCAAAGGGGAAGGUGGAAAAUUCAAGAUGCCACAUCUCAGCAUGCCCUCUGUUGAUAUUUCACUUCCCAAAGGAAAGAUCGAAGGUCCAGAUGUUGAAAUGGAGGGAGGCACAGGAGGAAAAUUCAAAAUGCCUUACAUGAAAAUGCCCAACAUCGACCUCUCUCUGCCCAAAGGAAAGAUUGAGGGUCCAGAGAUGGAGAUCAAAGGGGAAGGUGGAAAAUUCAAGAUGCCACAUCUCAGCAUGCCCUCUGUUGAUAUUUCACUUCCCAAAGGAAAGAUCGAAGGUCCAGAUGUUGAAAUGGAGGGAGGCACAGGAGGAAAAUUCAAAAUGCCUCACAUGAAAAUGCCCAACAUCGACAUCUCUCUGCCCAAAGGAAAGAUUGAACGUCCAGACGUUGAAAUGGAGGGAGGCACAGGAGGAAAAUUCAAAAUGCCUCACAUGAAAAUGCCCAACAUCGACAUCUCUCUGCCCAAAGGAAAGAUUGAAGGUCCAGACGUUGAAAUGGAGGGAACCAAAGAAGGAAAGUUCAAAAUGCCUCAUAUGAAAAUGCCAAAUGUCGACUUCUCUCUGCCCAAAGGAAAGAUCGAAGGUCCAGACGUUGAAAUGGAAGGAGGUAAUGGAGGAAAGAUCAAAAUGCCUCAUGUGAAAAUGCCAGAUGUUGACAUCUCUCUGCCCAAAGGAAGCAUUAAAGGUCCAGAUGUUGAAAUUGAGGGAGGCACAGGAGGAAAAUUCAAAAUGCCUCACAUGAAAAUGCCCAACAUCGACAUCUCACUGCCCAAAGGAAAGAUUGAAGGUCCAGAGAUGGAGAUCAAAGGAGAAGGUGGAAAAUUCAAGAUGCCACAUCUCAGCAUGCCCUCUGUUGAUAUUUCACUUCCCAAAGGAAAGAUCGAAGGUCCAGAUGUUGAUAUAGAGGGAAGUACCGGAGGAAAAUUCAAAAUGCCUCAUAUUAAAAUGCCCAACUUCGACAUCUCUCUGCCUAAAGGUAAGAUCGAAGGUCCAGACGUUGAAAUGGAGGGAGGCACAGGAGGAAAAUUCAAAAUGCCUCACAUGAAAAUUCCCAACGUCGACAUCUCUCUGCCCAAAGGAAAGUUUGAAGGACCAACCGUUGAAAUGGAGGGAGGCACAGGAGGAAAAUUCCAAAUGCCUCAUAUGAAAAUGCCAGAUGUCGACAUCUCUCUGCCCAAAGGAAAGAUUGAAGGUCCUGAGAUGGAGAUUAAAGGAGAAGGUGGAAAAUUCAAGAUGCCACAUCUCUGCAAGCCCUCUGUUGAUAUUUCACCUCCUAAAGGAAAGAUCAAAGGUCCAGAUGUUGAAAUGGAGGGAGGUACAGGAGGAAAAUUCAAACUGCCUCAUAUGAAAAUGCCCAACAUGGACAUCUCUCUGCCCAAAGGAAAGAUGGAAGGUCCCACCGUUGAAAUGGAGGGAGGUACGGGAAGAAAUUUCAAAAUGCCUCAUAUGAAAAUGCCAGAUAUUGACAUCUCUCUGCCAAAAGGAAAGAUUGAAGGUCCAACUGUUGAAAUGGAGGGAGGCACCGGAGGAAAGUUCAAAAUGUCUCACAUGAAAAUGCCCGGCAUCGACAUCUCACUGCCCAAAGGAAAGAUUGAGGGUCCAGAGAUGGAGAUCAAAGGAGAAGGUGGAACAUUUAAGAUGCCACAUCUUAGCAUGCCCUCUGUGGAUAUUUUACUCCCCAGAGGAAAGAUUGAAGGUCCAGAUGUUAAAAUGGAGGGAGGUACUGAGGGAAAGAUCAAAAUGCCUCAUUGGAAAAUGCCAGAUUUUGACAUCUCUAUGCCUAAAGGAAAACUUGAAGGCCCAGAGGUUGAAUUAGAGGGAGGUGCAGGAGGAAAAUUCAAAAUGGGUCCAGAGGUAGAGCUUAAGGGAGAGGGGGGACAGUUCAAGAUGCCAAAUGUGGGCAUAUCUAUCCCUAAAGGAAAAACAAAUAUUGGCAUACCACAAGAGAAAGUGCAGUCAGAGGGAGGAACCAUCAAGCUGCCACAUAUCAAGAUGCCAAAAGUUGAUAUUUCCCUUCCUAAAGGUAAAAGUAAAGAUAUUAAAGCAUUGAAGGAUAUAUCCAGUGAAGCCGAGAUCAACUUACCAACAGGAGGGAAAAUUAAAGUGCCACAAGUCACAUCACCAGAUUUGGACAUUGAUGUGACACUUAGUAAACCUAAACAAGACUCAGAAGCUCAUGGGGAAGCUGACUUGCAUGUUGAGGGGGAGCACAAAGGUCUGAAACUCAAUAUGCCUACAAUAGACAUCAAAUGUCCAAAAGGAGACCUGGAGCUUGAUAUAGGACUUCAUAGAGGAGAAGGAAAGAAGGACGGGAAAAAAAUAGAACUUCCUGAUUUGGAUCUCAACACAGCAGGAAGUAGCAGCAAAGUAAAGGGGCCUAAAGUCAAAGGAACAAAAUUCAAGAUUGGAAUGCCCAAAAAGAAAACUGGUAGAGAUGUAACGGCAGAAGCAAAAAUAUGCAAGAAUUGUGGUGAAGAGGAGUUAGGUGGUCAGGUCAAACACAGCUGCAAAGGUAAAGAAAGAUUUAAGUAUGAAGUUGAAGUUGAAACCCACAACGGACAUAAAAAGAACAAAGAUCGUAUUAACAUCCCAGUGACAGAGGUUACAUUACCAAGUGUUAGUCUGACAACCAAACCAGGCUCAGCUGAUUUGGGAAUAGGGGGAGAGAGUGGCCUUUCGUCAUCAAGACCAGAAAUCAGAGUGCCCAGGAUUCCAGACAUAGAGUUUGAUAUUGGUACAUCACAGGAUGAAAGUGAGGACAAAACAGAAAAAGACAAGAAAGUUAAAAUCCCUAAAUUUGGUGUCCCGUUACCCUCCAUCUCCUCCCCUGAAGGAAGAAUUAAUAUGUAUAGGCCAGAAAUUCAGUAUGAGGGCCCUAAAUUGCCAAAAGUAAAGAAAGCUGUAUUUGUUUUGGUAAAUCCUCCUCAAACAGGUGAGCCCACUGCAUGCACAGGCCGCCUAGAAGAGGAGAAAACACCUCAGGCUGAAAGAGAGGGUGUGAAGAUGCCCAAAAUCAUAAUGAAGCCAAGCUUUGGGAAGUCCAAAGAUAAAUCCGCUGCUGCGUCAUUUUCUCCUGGCAAAUCAGGGUCGUUUGAUGUCAAUCUAAAGGGCGAAGGUUCAUGUUCAAGUCUCAACGGUGAAAAGAAUGCAAGUUCUAAAAAGAGCUGCAUGGACGAUAAAGGGACAUUCAGUGGCAAAAUCAAACUUCCAAAGGUAGAGUUAACCUCUCCAUAUGGCAAGAUGGUUGCAGAGGGGGAGGACACCAAAAUGGAUAUGAAACUGGGAAAGGAUUAUUCACAAGGAGAAGUGGAGGAAGACACUAAAGGGCUUAAAGUAAAAUCAGGCAAGGUGGCCUUUGCUGGUUUUAGUGAGGAGCUCUCGAAGGAUGUGGUGUCAUCUCAUGCCAGAACAGAUAUGCUGGACAGGGACAGCUCGGAGUCCCCUGCUAGCUUUACCAUGGAGUUCAGCUCUGCAAAGGUCCAGGCUUGGAGCGAGGUUGAGAGCCAAAGCAGGGAGUCUGAAGAAAGGGAGUCUUCGACCUGGUUCAAGGUCCCUAAGUUCAGCCUGAAGCCACACUCCACAGGCUUCCUCCAGAUAACCCCAGAGGGUUCUCCUCAAGCCCAGCGGAAAGGGGAGGUUGGGGGUGAGGCCGACGUCUCUGGGUCUUUCUGCCUCCACACCUCAGGGCUCGACUUUAGCACGCAGGAAAUGUCCGAAGAGCACCAAGUCUCCUCCACCGAGGAGGGAACUGUCACCAAGGUGACCAAGACCACCAGAAUCACCCAGCACAUGGUUACCGCUGAAACGCGAACAGGUGAAUCUUCAGCAACCACAACAACAACUCACCAGUUGACGAACUUUAACCACUGAGGAUGCUGUAAUGAUAUCUUAAAUGUCUUUUAAUUUUUUUGUUUUCUUUGGUGAGGUUGCAGUGUUCUUGUAUGCUCAGCCUGCAACAUGGCGAACCUCGAUUAAGUAAAAGUCUUUUAUUUUUAUUGAGAGAUAUGAAUGUGAUGAAAAACAACAACAUUUCAUCAAUCGGCAUCAUCGUCAUUAUCAAAGCAUCAGAGUAAUAUAUGCUUCCUUUUUUCUCAUUUUAAAUGUGACUAUUUUUUGUUACUGUUCUUUGAGUUUUGUUAGUUUAGUCCUAGUUAUUUAUCAGAUUUUGUUUGGUUUGAAAGUUUUCACUCUGAAUGUAAACACGUUACAUUGCUUGAUUAUUUAUUGUUGUUUGUGUGUUCAGAAAUACGAUGGAAUGAGUCAUUUACUCACUUCAGUAUCAUGGAUUUGACCAUGAUUGGUUCAGAAUAAUUAAUUUUGAACCACUACAGUACAGGCCAGAGUAAUAUUCAUGUAAAUACAACUAUAUCAUUGCUUUUUCGAAGCAGUAUCCCUUCGAUCAGAAAUGUAAUUAUUUUCAUAUUCACCAGUAAGGAGUAUAAAUGAUAUUUUUUGACCUAAUAACCUAUUUUGUUUGUCUUGAAGGAAAAGUGUGAGCUUUUUGAGAUUAUAGGCUAUUCUCAUUUGCUGCCAUAGUUUCAUAUUUUAUGCAUUUAGCUGGUGCUGUUACCUAGAGACAGUCACAGUGCGUGAGAAGGACACUCUGGACUCUUUUUCUGCUGUGGGGAUCCAACCUGUGACCUUCUGGUUGCAGGUUCGAACAUUUACUGUAGGCCACCCUGCUGCUAAUCUAUUUUAUAUUUGGUUUUUACUGUACACUGCCAGAAAAAAGACACCACUGUAUAUGUUGUGCAUCAAGGCUUUGGCUUCAAGAUACACCUCCUGACUGAUGCAGAUUCUUUGAAACUCAGCUCUGUACUUUGUUGAGUUUCAGAACUCUCAGCGAGCUGGAAAGAACAUUUGGGGGUUUGGGUUUAAACUAAAUCAAUGAGAGGAGUUUUAAAGGUAAAACUGUAAAAACUUUUUUCUCUUGACACUUAUAAAAUAGCCCUUUAAAAAUUAUGUUACUGUCAGGCUGCUACAAUGACAGACUGGCUAAGGAGUGGCGAGCCUUGAUGUUGUACAAAAGUAAUCACGUAACAAAAUAUGUCCUCUACAGACCGAAGGGAGGGGACUAAGAAUCAUAAGGCACGUCUUUAAUAAUCUGACAUUCUUCUGUUUAUUAUAUGGAUGUUAUUGAAGAUAUAACAGAAAACACAUUGGAUACUAAAAUGUUAGAUUAAUAAAAGUAUUUUUCGUAAGUGCCUUUACCCCUUAUUGUUCAAAAAGCAUGUCCUCCAUUAGAAGUAUAAACUGCUUUGAAAUGGAGGGGAAAGCCUUGUGCUGUCUUUUUAGAUAUUUUUAUUUAUUGUCUAUAGAUUGAGACAUUUAAGUUUUAAGUUUCAUUCCCAAAUGCAGCACCUACCAUUUGAGAGACAGCUACUGUAGUGAUACUGGCAUAACAUUUAAACUUAUUUUUGAUUGUAUACACCAUUCAGAGCCAUUUACUUACAUGAUAACAGUUUCAAAAAAUACAAAAUAAUGAGCUACUUUUCGAGUGGAUGUAAAGCAUUUAAGAAUGGAAACUUUUUUACUUAACUUGGUUUACUUUACUUGGUUGGUAGAUGGAAUGAAAUUGUGUGAUAAAAUGCAUGAAUAAAUCCUGAUACAUCCACUCCCACACUUCUUUUCAUUAACAAUUUUUAACACUGAGAAAUAGAUAAUAGAUAUUUUUAAAAA